AUGCCUAUCGUCAAAGUCCACGCCCGUUCUGUCUACGACUCCCGAGGCAACCCGACCGUCGAGGUUGACGUGGUCACCGAGACCGGUCUCCACCGCGCCAUUGUCCCCUCUGGAGCCUCCACGGGCCAGCACGAAGCCUGCGAGCUCCGCGAUGGCGACAAGUCACACUGGGGCGGGAAGGGUGUCCUGAAAGCGGUCGACAACGUGAACACUGUCAUCGGACCAAAGCUGAUCGAGAAGAAUGUCGACGUCACCGAUCAAUCCAGUGUUGACAAGUUCUUGAUUGACCUCGACGGAACCGACAACAAGACCAAUCUCGGUGCCAAUGCUAUUCUGGGCGUCAGUCUCGCGGUUGCUAAAGCUGGCGCUGCUCAAAAGGGGGUCCCUCUCUACGCACAUGUCUCGGACCUCGCGGGCACGAAGAAGCCAUACGUCCUCCCUGUCCCGUUCAUGAACGUCCUCAACGGUGGUUCACAUGCAGGCGGCCGUCUUGCUUUCCAAGAAUUCAUGAUCGUCCCUGACCAAGCACCAACGUUCUCCGAAGGUCUACGAUGGGGUGCUGAGGUCUAUCAGAAGCUGAAGGCCCUCGCCAAGAAGAAGUACGGUCAAUCUGCCGGCAAUGUCGGCGACGAAGGUGGUGUCGCCCCAGACAUUCAGACUGCUGAAGAGGCACUGGACCUCAUCUCCCAAGCUAUCGAAGAAGCAGGCUACACCGGCAGGAUGAACAUCGCCAUGGAUGUCGCCUCGAGCGAAUUCUACAAGGCAGACGAGCAGAAGUACGACCUCGACUUCAAGAACCCCGACAGCGACAAGAGCAAAUGGAUCACUUACGAGCAGCUCGCCGACCAGUACAAGAAUCUCGCGAGCAAAUACCCGAUCGUAUCGAUCGAGGACCCCUUCGCCGAAGAUGACUGGGAGGCGUGGAGCUACUUCUUCAAGACUUCCGACUUCCAGAUUGUUGGUGAUGACCUAACGGUGACCAACCCGAUCCGCAUCAAGCGAGCCAUUGAGGCCAAGGCCUGCAAUGCCUUGUUGCUGAAGGUCAACCAGAUCGGCACUCUUACCGAGUCCAUCCAGGCCGCGAAAGACUCUUACGCCGCUGGUUGGGGCGUGAUGGUAUCACAUCGUUCCGGUGAGACCGAGGACGUCACCAUCGCGGACAUCGUGGUCGGCAUCCGAGCUGGUGAGAUCAAGACCGGCGCGCCAGCACGAUCCGAGCGUCUUGCCAAGCUCAACCAGAUCCUGCGCAUCGAGGAAGAGUUGGGAUCCAAUGCUAUCUACGCUGGCAGCAACUUCCGCAAGUCUGUCACGUUGUAA